CUGCUCGAUUUGUAUAGCACAUCACAUCAUCGUUGGAUUAACUAAAUAAACAGCAGCGAAGACAUCACUUGUCCGUUAGCUGUCCAGCGACGUGGUCCGGAGAAUGUCCGUUCGCGAUUGAAAACUAUACCUAAACUUGGUGACAACGAAAGUAAUCGCCUUUGCGGAUUAUUCGAUAUUACGUGCGCGUAGAACAAAACGAAAGUUGUAAUUUCCUUGUGUAAUUACCCUUAAUACAGUGCAACAAGUGUCAAACAACAACUAAUUGAAUUUAUUUAAAAUGGAUUCUAAACAGAAAUAAUCCAUCAGUUGAUAAAUGUUUCGAAAUUAGACUUGUCUAGACUAUCAUUGUUAGUGCACGCCAAAAUGGUCGAAACCACCGAUUUCGUUCGAACAAAACGGUAACCGAAAGCAACCAAAAGCAAAGUGAAUCAUGAAAUUACUACUGAAAAUUCAUAACAAGGAACGGCAUCACUCGAAUCUGCAGCGCAAACGUAAAUACUGUCACCGGCGAGGGUCUAAGUCAUCAUCGUCCAGUUCUGGUGAUUGCUCACCGUCCACCGGAACAGCCUCCGCCAGGAGGAAUUCCCCCUUUCCAGCAUCAUCGGCACCAGCACCAACAACGGCGGCGACCAGCUGCGCUACUGCUAGAUCUGGUCGCAAUAAUCAAAACCGUGGAUUGCCAUCACCGGAGGAAUCAACCGUCCUUCGACAGGAGCGAUAUUUUCUGUAUGGAGCACUAAUUUUAUUCACCAUCAUCGCGUUUUCCACUGCGCUAUACUUCAUAAUACAAUAUACCCAAAAAAGCGAUAUCCCUAGUCAGCCGGAAAUUCUUUUCGGCAAUAAUUAUGCCUCUGGAACUAUUCCGAACCUUGGUAACGGCCAUCUAGUCAUCGAUCGGCAGAACUGGGGCGCCCAGCCAGAGGUUCACGGUCGUUACCCUCUAUUGCCACCGAUCCCGUACGUGUUGAUCACGCACAUCGGGGUCCAGUCCACUCCUUGCAUUGACAUGUAUAGAUGCUCAAUCAAAAUGCGAACAAUUCAGGAUGCUGCUGUAGCCGAGAUGGGGCUCCCGGACAUUCCUAACAAUUUCUACCUCGGAGGUGACGGUUUCGUUUACGUCGGCAGAGGAUGGGAUAUCGUGAACGCCUACGCGAACCAUACGCUUUCCGUUUGUUUCAUGGGAGAUUAUCUCCGAUAUGAACCAAAUGAUAAGCAGUUUUCAGCCCUACAACAUCUGCUUGCCCAUGGAGUCGCUCAAGAUUACCUCGCAAAAGAUUAUAAACUGGUGACACACAAUCAAACCAAAACCACCAAAAGUCCUGGACCUUAUAUUUACGACCGGAUAUCGAAAAUGCCGCGAUGGGUACCCUGCGGUGAAGCAGGCUACAGCAAGUGUGGAGCGGAAAUUGGACUACCUACGGUAUGGGAUCAAGAUUUUCCAAAGAAAAAGAAAUCCUCGUAGUUAAAAUAGGGUCGUAUCAUAGCUCAACAUCAGCCAAGCGCACCACAAAUUGGAAUUAUACAAUUAAAAAGUUAAAAAAAAUUCUGUGCCAUUACAAACAUAUUGACACAAAGGCCUGUUAUUCCACGCUCAUGAAUUUGACAUCUGUACAUAACAUAUAUUAAGAGGUAUAAUUUACUAUUGAUUGACGACUUUAGGAACUUGAAAACUCUUUCGUUAUGAUAAUUUAUAAUACAUAUUGUAUGCAUUUAAAUAAACUGUUAUAUUGCAAAAUAAAAUU